GAGAUAUGUCACUUAGCACGUAAACAUAAAAUCCCUAGCAAACCGAAAGACUUCUUGCUCAGUAUAGCGGGCUAAAAUAACUUAUAAACCUCUACAAUGAGCCUGCAAUGUCGUGUUUGCUUGGGAUUUUCUGAAAAUUAUACUUCUCUGGCUACCGAGAGUCGUGGUACAACUCUAGCAGAAAUUAUACAAUUCUGCGCUUAUGUUAAGAUAGCCGAUGAUGACGGUUUUCCGUCUCAGGUCUGUUUAACGUGCAGCAAGGAUGCUGUGAACGCUUACACGUUUGUAACGAAAUGCCGCCAAUCAGACUAUGCACUACGAGCAGAGAAAUCCCUCACAAAGACGCCGAUACAAACCACUUCUACUGAUAUUUCUGCCACACAUGUCCAGGGUAGUGCGGGCGCAAGAACUCUAGAAUUAAUGGUGGAAUUGGUAUCAGAUUCUCCAAGUAUGGUCAAUUCGAUACAGGAUGAUAUUCCACCUAGUGAUGAUAUGUACGUUAUUGAGUACCUUAAUGAUGAUGAAAUCCAGCAUUCCAGCCAGGAAUCCGAAGACCAAACCUGUAACGACGAUAGGAAUUUAUCUACGAGGAGCGAUCAGUUUGAAUGCGAUUCAAACUAUUACUGUUGCCAUAGUGACUGCAUAUUAACAUUCCACACUAAACAUGAACUGAAAGAGCACAUUAGUUUGCAGCACCUACUAGAUAUCGGAGAGCAAGAUAUUUCAGAUACACAUUACCGCUGCAAUAACUGUGAUCACACGUUUUCCAGUGAGCACGAACUUGACAGCCAUGAACUGCUUUUACAGCUGAAGAAAAGCAUAAUUAAUCCGGAAAGCAGAGGGCGCCCUAAGGCUUAUCCAUGUUUAUUUAACGCGGAAGAAAAAAAGUGCUGUGAUUGUUACGCUUCGUUCUCUACGAUUGAAUCACUGCUAGAGCACACCCUGCAACGGCACUCGAUACGCAAAACGGUACAGGAUCCUACCCGGUCGGUUCGAUGCGAGGUAUGCUAUAAGCUGUUUCGUACCAAAUAUAGCCUCUACUCUCAUCAGAAUGCUCCUUACAAACCGCGCAAAUACCGUUGCAACACGUGCGGUGCCUCCUAUCUGACGCCUUCGCGCCUUGCGGCGCACGAGGCUGUGCACAGUACAGAACGAAAGUUCAAGUGUAUAGAAUGUGGCGCAAGCUUUAAAAACGAGCAAAACCUCAACACCCAUUCUUUACUGCACCGCGAAAAGAAAGAGGUAUGCAGCACGUGCGGGUUGAGGUUUCAUCGAAAGUCCAACCUACGGAUGCAUCAGCGGGUUCACUCCGAUGCGUACUAUACCGCCUGUCCGCAUUGCGGUAAGAAAUGCAAAAGACAGUCACAACUGAAAGAACAUCUGAAGGUGCACAUGAGUGAAAAACCGUUGGGUUGUCGAUAUUGUGCAAAACGAUUUAUGUAUACGAGCGAUCGGAAGCGGCACGAGAUGACACACACAGGAACAUAUCCCUUCACAUGCAGUUGUUCGAAAAAGUUUAGCCGAAAUCGUUUGUAUAUGCAGCACAUUGCAAAGUGUAAGACGUAGCGAGAGCGUUUUGGGAUAUAUCCGGAAUGUAUAGCUAGCCGUUCCAAUUGAACUGGAUUUUAAUCCAGCAGAAGGCUGACAAAUUUGCCAAAAAUAAACGUGACGGACGAAGAACAAA